AUGGUUGAAGAGGUUUGGCGACAGUUCAACACCAUUCCAGGGUUCAUGGAAGGAACCACAAAACCUGAUUAUGCAACAUGUGUCAAGAUUUCAAUAGAUGCUUCACUAAAAGAGAUGAUCCCUCCUGGUGCUUUAGUUAUGAUCACACCUCUAGUUGCGGGAACCUUAUUUGGAGUGGAAUCGCUUGCUGGUGUACUUGCAGGUUUACUUGUUUCAGGUGUCCAGGUACAUGUGUUGUAUGCCAUUUUUUUAGUAACUUCGAUUAUCAUUUUUGCAAGGACAUUAGGACCAAAGGGAUCAGAAGCACAUAAGGCAGCAGUGAUAGGUGAUACUGUGGGAGACCCAUUGAAAGAUACAACAGGACCAUCACUCAWAUGGUUUUAA